AAGUAUGGUGUGGCUGCAGCGCUUCUCCCAUUUUAGUCCUCCGUUGCUUUCCGUUCUUGAAUUUCUCCCACCGAUCGUUACUGCUUCGAGCCUCUAUAAUCGUUCCGCGAGUUUUCUUUCUCCUCCCUAUUUCAAACCCCUAAUUUUCGAUCUUCUGGCUGGUUAGCUCCAAUUCGAUUCUGAAGGAUUUCAUCUUGCUCUAAUAACCCCGAUUAAAUUGCGAAGCGCAGGCUCAGAAGCGCAUGGAGGUGGUUUAAUUUCAGAGAACCGCGGGGAGACGGGGGGUGAUUAGGAUUGGAUGAAGUGAGGGAAGAAUGGGAGCGGCGGGUUCGAAGCUCGAGAAAGCAUUGGGAGACCAAUUUCCUGAAGGCGAGCGGUAUUUUGGACUCGAGAAUUUUGGCAACACUUGCUAUUGCAACAGCGUGCUUCAGGCUCUUUAUUUUUGUGUUCCAUUUCGCGAGCAGCUGCUUGAGUACUACUCAAAUAACAAAAAUUUUUCUGACCCAGAAGAAAAUCUCUUGACAUGCCUAGCAGACUUAUUUCUGCAGAUAAGCUCUCAAAAGAAAAAAACAGGUGUUAUAGCGCCAAAACGCUUUGUGCAGAGACUAAAGAAGCAGAAUGAAAUUUUUCGCAGCUACAUGCACCAGGAUGCCCAUGAAUUCUUAAAUUACUUACUAAAUGAACUGGUUGACAUACUGGAGAAAGAGGCGCGAGCUUCCAAGAACAACCAAGAAAUUUCCCAGAAAAUUGCAAAUGGACAAACAAAUAUGCCUUGCAAUGGUCUUGAGAAGGAUCCAUUGAUCACCUGGGUGCAUCAAAAUUUUCAGGGUAUAUUGACUAAUGAAACGAGGUGCUUGUGCUGUGAGACGGUGACAGCAAGAGACGAAACAUUUCUUGACUUGAGCCUUGAUAUAGAGCAGAAUAGUUCAAUUACAAGCUGUCUCAAAAACUUCAGCUCCACAGAAACGUUAAAUGCCGAGGAUAAAUUCUUCUGUGACAAAUGUUGCAGCCUGCAAGAAGCGCAAAAGAGAAUGAAGAUUAAAAAGCCGCCUCAUAUCUUAGUCAUCCAUUUGAAGCGAUUCAAGUACAUCGAACAGCUUGGCCGGUACAAGAAGUUGUCAUACCGUGUUGUUUUCCCACUUGAGCUAAAGCUCAGCAACACUGUCGAAGAUGCAGAUGCUGAGUACUCCUUGUUCGCUGUAGUUGUCCAUGUCGGUAGUGGGCCCAACCAUGGACACUAUGUGAGCCUCGUCAAAAGCCACAACCACUGGCUUUUCUUUGACGAUGAGAAUGUGGAAAUGAUCGAUGAGUCAGCUGUUCAGACAUUUUUCGGAUCAACUCAGGAGUUCUCCAGCAAUACGGAUCAUGGAUACAUCUUAUUCUACGAAAGACUUGUCUCCAGCAGCACUGUUUGUACUUGAGGUCAAAAAGGAGACGUGGCGAGUGUGUUGGCCUUUGGUGUUUGCCUUUCGCAGCGGAGGAUGAGGUUAUGCCUUUUUGUUUCGUUUCUUUUACUUAACCAAACAAUAAAUUUAAGGAGGAAAUAUCAAGUGUGAAUGCCACUAGUGUACUAUACAGAUAUUGACUGUAUGUGGAAAUUGCUUGUGCUGGCUGAAUGAAAUCAGCAUUAUGUUUUUUUGCA